AUGGCUAACUUGUCUAUGAAAGAAGAAACCCCCAUGAUGAUUAUCCGGAAGUCAACUACGCGCUACAUUUGUCCCCCAUUCUUCGAAUUCUUUCCUCAAGAGGACCUUCUAAAUCGCCACAUCUACGAGUGGAGCGACUAUGCGCAUGCAGGGCUGCGUAAUAGACUCGACGGAACAAACCUGGCUGCCGAAAACAUCCCUCCAGUCACAGACUGUUUUGCGGUUGACUCUGUGGUCGAACAUUACCAUUUCUUCCCGCACACAAUGGCUAGCCUGCAAAGGAGGGUAGAGACUCUGAAGAGGAUUAACCAAGUCUCGUCCAUUUAUUUUCAAGGAGAAGAUGCACAUGCACGGCCGGUGAAGAGAACUGCAAAAGAACAAUGGGAAAUGGAAAUGCAUGCAGGGCUGGCGAAAAGAACUUCGAGGAAGCAAUGGGAUAUGGAGAAAUUUCUCACCUGCUACCGCCAAUCCGUCAGAACAUCCAUGGCUGUCGAGGACAUCUCUCCAAACUGCCACUGUUUUGAGGUUAACUUUGUGGUCGAACACUACCGAGAGCACACUGGAAGUCAACACAAAGUAUGCCGCAAUAUGCCAGCUGGAAGGUCAUUGGAUCAUGCAAGGCUUUAG